GUGUGACGUGGGGAAAGGUGGUUUCCUUAUAUGCCGUGGCAGGGAACAUGGCCCUGGAAUAUGUACGGCUCGGUAAUCCGAGUUUGAUCCGUGUCAUCGUUGACUGCAUGGGUGAUUUUGUCUACAAAAAUCUAACCGGCUGGUUAAAAAAGAGAGGGGGCUGGGUCGAUAUAAAGAAGUGUGUGGUGAGCAGCGAUCCCAGCUUCCACUCCCACUGGCUGCUGUCUGCUGUGUACACCUUAGGACUCUACCUGAAGACCGUGGUGCUGUACUUCCUCAGGGAGAAGUGAGACUGUGUGACCCACUGAUAUCUGAGCAGAUGUGCUACCAUUGUUAGGAUUAUGUUUACACUCAUUUGCACUGAGCCUAGAAUAAAGAACACUUCUUCAUUUCACCGAACGCUCACUGCACGAGGUACUUAUUUAUUACUAAUGCUUGCACCAGGACACCCUUUUCAGUCACCUCCUGAGCCCCGUUACCUUAGCUGUGAGCUCAGCUUCAUGUUACUGUAAUUCCGGCUCUUAAUGAACACGUGACACUGUCGCAGGCGGUUUCGUCAUGCCCGCCUCCAAAAGGUUUCUGAGCGCCAUGCUAAUGCAACCUGAAGAUGUUCCUGUAACAGAAUGAAAUGACUGUUUUCCACCUAAAAGUCGUUUCCCCCGUCUCCUCAGCAGGAACUCAUCUGCAUGAGAUAUUGUUCAAGGUCUCAUGCAUUUGCUUCUACACUGUUUUCCUUUCCAGCACAAGAGAAGAAUGAAGACAAAGGACUCUUUCUUUUAAAUAAAUCAAAGAACUCUGUUUUUAAUAAAGCUAAUCAAACAAAGUGUUAGUCCAGUAAUAAUGUGGACCAAUCUGUGAAAUGACAAUGUCAUGAUUAGUAAGUUUUAAUAAGUAAUGACUUUAAUCUAGCUGCACUAGACAUCCUCAUUCACGUAAUGUAAACGCAUGACACAUUGCUUUUACUCAUCCAGUCGGAACCUUCCUUUCUGAAGCGUGGCAUAGUCUCUGUGGUAUUUAUAAAUCUGUCCAACUUUGAUUCGACCGUAAAUCAAAACAUCCAGAUUAAUAAAACCAGUCCCACGCCA